AUGCGUACACCAAUUUAUUCAGAAAUUGAAGCUUUUAUACAAACGAAAAAGUUGAAAAAAUAUGAAAGCCAACAACAGGAAACUGCUAGUGAAACCAUAAACAAACCAAUGGUGUACCAAAAUUUAUCAGCUCAAAAUUUUCAAUCACAAUAUCCACUUAUUCCCCACCUCGCCGAAGUAUGGGAUGAGCUUAACGGUGUUGAAGGCGUCAACUUGACAGUUGAUAAAGGAAAUUUAACUCUUUACGGCCAAGUGGUUUCAUCCGCUUGUGAAUCUAUAGCUACUUGUUAUAAAAACUAUUAUAUAGAGAACUUUGAAAAUAUUAUUGCAAACUAUUUUAUAUACAUGAUCCGUCAAGCAUUUCAUGACAUAAAAAUGCCCGUAGUAAAACAUAUAGUAUACGAACAUGUGCUCAAUGUACUAUUUUCUCCAGGACUGGGAGCCAUCAAUUCUGACAAUAUUUCCACUUCUUUGAACAGUGAAGAGCAAGAAAACAUUUGUACGUUUUUAAACCCAUUGAUAUUGGAGAUCAAGAAUCGUAUACCAGCAUUUCCUGUAACAAAGGCAACUCUAAAUAAUGACCCAUUCAGCAUUAUGCCAGUACUUAAGCACAUUCUGGAGAAAUAUGAGUCCUUAAUUGUGGAAGCACCGCUACCUGUCUCUCCGCCUGGUCUCUUCAGUCUAUUCCCAAAUCCUAGCUUGCAUUGGCGUUUUGUUAAAAUAGAUAGCCAAAAUUUGACUGGUGUGUUUCCGACAGCUUCAAUGGAACGGUUAGAGGAAGAAACAGUUUUUGAAUACACCCAAAGAUAUUUUUUUGCCCAUUUCAAUAGUGAAGAAAUAGAUCGUUAUUUUAGACCUUGCACAGUAGAUCGCAACAGGAAAGAUGCUUUUGUGUCAUUUCAUGGUAACACGGAUGUUAGGCGGCUAUCAUCUGCCGAAUAUUACAACACGAAUGGAAGUACUAAUCGUCUGAGGUUGGAGCAAGACAGGAAUAAAGAACAAGGAGUGCAAAUAAUCGAGAUAAACAUACCUUCUGUAAAGUCAACAGUUGCAGAUAAAUAUAUUACGCAUGUCAAAUACAUGAUGCAACAUAAUGAGACACUAUUUAAUUUUUACAAUUUUCAAACAGCAAGAGUCAAAUGGUGUAACUACAUCGGAAAAGCAGCGUGCCCUCCAGGAUGCUGUAUGUUGUAUCGCAGAUGUAUUGAAUCAUAG